AUUGUUGCCAUGGCUUGCAUCAACUUGGCCUCCAAGAUAGAAGAAGCACCACGGCGAAUACGAGAUGUCAUUAAUGUUUUCCAUCACCUGAAGCAGCUCAGAGGAAAAAACGACCAGCUACAUUUACCAAAGCCUGGGUGAUGUGGAAUGGUACGUAAGAUGAAGCUGUCGGCAUGAACCAUGAUGCGAGGGGGGUCUCCCUCCUCCCCCAGGCCCACCCCACCCCCUCCUGCGGGAGACUCCCGUGGUCUGAGCCACCGCGGGGCACUGGGAUCGGGGAUGACAGGUUGGCCGAAGGUCCUUGGCCCCCGGGGCGCCUUGAGGACUCCUGUGGUUCAGUCUUAAGCUUUGGGUAUCUGUCCGUCAUUCUGCGGACCCUUGGGUAAUGUAGUUUUCUUCUCUGACUGCUCCUCACCAUGCAUUUUAAUUGUGCUUAAAGAGCAACACCCCAUCCACCACCAGCUGCAACCAUGGCUUUUAAAGAAGUAUCACCUUGUAUGUUAGAAUUAGAAUGAUUAGUUGGUUACUGUGAGUCUGUCGGUUUUGUGAGGGUCAGUGCAUGUUCUCUAGCUUCAACAGUUUGCCAUUAUAUGCUGUUAAUUUGAUAUUGCAUUUCUUAAGUGUAGCUGUGAGGUAUAUAUAAAAGAGGUGUAAUGUUAGGUUGGGAUUUGUGCUUGUUGUAUUGUCUUUAGUCCUCAGAGGUUAUUUUUGUUUUCGCUUUUUUUCCAUGCAUGUGGUUUGUAGUGUAACAUUCACAUUAGAAUAUAUUUCAGACAUUAGAAUUGCAGACUCGGAACUUUAAAUUGAAGUUUACUGGUUUGUCAGGAGUCGUGCUAUAUAAUGAAUGACUCUCACAAAUCAUUGUGGUUUAAUUCCAUUCCAGAUUUUAAUUCCAUCUUGUGGGCACGAUGACAGGCAACUUGAGCAGACGUUGGUGUAUCAGCUUUGUUCGUUCGUGGGUUUUUUUGUUUGUUUGUUUUUUGUGGAUUUUCUUUCCACGAGUUUGUCUUCAUCAGUGGAAUGUUUUCCUUCCAAGUCUGGAUUGCCUGCAUCCAGACAGUGGUUUUGGUCAAUUAAUUUGCAGUAUACUGACAUACAGUAUAAGAACAUAGAUGAGAAUGAGUUGUGAUGGAGUACAGUAAUGGCUGCUUUCCAUUUUUAUUUUAAAUUGGCGUUAAGCUUGAGGUUCAAAACGUCUGUUGUGAAAUCGUAAUGUUAGCACCAAGUUGAUAUUUCUGUUAAGGCUGUGGCACAGGGUGUGUUUUUUGGGUUGAGGGCUGUCUUUGAAUCUCACAAGCUUUCACUGGAACCACAGGAGUCCACAAACCCCAGCAAACUGUCAGGCAUGCAAACAGUUAACUGUUGCUUUGAGUUGGUUGAAAUGGGAAAAACGAAGGGGCGCAGGAAUUCAGAAGGGCACUGUCUUUUUUCUUUUUUAAAUUUUGUUUUGUUUUGUUUUUUUCUUUUAAAUGCAAGAGGGAAACAAUAUUUUAUUUUGAUUCCUUUGCAAACUAGGACUCCAAGUCCAUUGAUACUUGAUCAGAACUACAUAAAUACCAAAAAUCAAGUCAUCAAAGCGGAAAGGCGGGUCCUGAAGGAGCUUGGAUUUUGUGUGCAUGUCAAGCACCCUCACAAGAUCGUUGUCCUGUAUCUUCAAGUCCUGGAAUGCGAGAAGAACCAGACAUUGGUGCAGACAGCCUGGAACUACAUGAACGAUAGCCUGAGGACAGAUGUGUUUGUGAGGUUUCAAGCUGAGACGAUUGCCUGCGCUUGCAUAUACCUUGCUGCCCGAGCACUGCAGAUACCGCUGCCAACCAGACCCCAUUGGUUCCUGCUGUUUGGAGCCACGGAAGAAGAGAUCAAAGAUAUCUGCAUCACCACCCUGAAACUUUACACCAGGAAGAAGCCUAACUAUGAGCAGCUGGAGAAGGAGGUGGAGCGAAGGAAAGUGUUCUUGGCAGAGGCUAGGAUAAAGGCUAAGGGUCUGAAUCCUGAUGGUACUCCUGCACUGUCCACGCUGGGUGGCUUCUCGCCUGCUUCCAAACCGUCCUCCCCUGUGGUCAAGGUGGAAGAGAAGUCCCCGAACCCCCAGACUGUCAAACCAGUUAAAAAGGAACCAGACAACCGUACCCAGGUCAACAAGAGUCCACAUAAUGGGUUAAGGAAGGAGGUAAAGAUUGGGAGGAACAGUAGGAGUGGAAGUCGCUCUCGUUCGAGAACGCGUUCGCGGUCAAGAUCGCGCUCCUUUCGCAGACAUUACAACAGCAGACGCAGCCACUCAGGGACCUACAGUUCUCGUUCACAUUCUCGCUCUCACAGCCGUAGCCCAUCACCACAGCGGCAUCCGCCCUCACCACUCCUCCCCCACCUUAAAUCCAAGUCCAGUCACCACAGUAAUAGCGACUCCAAGCCCAGCGGUCGUCACAGCAACAGCGGAGGUGGAGGCUCCGGUCAUAAAAGGAAGCGCUCGCACUCUCGGUCGCGGUCCCGCAGUCCAGUCAAAGUAGAAAGGGACCGUGACAGAGAGAGGGAACGCGAGAGAGACAGAGACCGCAGCUCCUUCGAUCUGUCGUCAAAGAAACACAAACAUGACCGAGGAAGUGGCCAUCGAGACCGGAGGGACAGGGAGCGGUCCCGAUCCUACGACAGGGACAGAGAGAGGGAGCGUAGCCACAAGAGCAAACACCACAGUAGUAGUGGGCACUCGGGACACAGCCGCCACCGUCGCUGAGACCCAAACCGACCCACUCUGGCUCUGGGGCUGAUGGUCACAUGAGUACUUUGAGUAUAUACAAAUCAAAUUAGACGCGCCCUCUGAACAUUGACUGACAGAUUGAUGUUUAAAUUAAAUAUUUGUGCAGAAGGUAAAACAGAAGUUAACCAAACAUCCACGUAAAAGAAGAGAUUCUUGUACCUUGCUUUAUUGAAGACCAAAAAUUUUCAAAAACCUUGUCGAAGCUGCAGUGACUGAAAACACGUUUAAUUGGAUUUGCCAUUUUGUAUACCAGCAGGGGUCCUUCCUCUGAAUUUGCUGGGUUUCUCAUACACACCUGGCGUCAGACCAUCAGCGUAUACAAGUUGAUUUUAAUUUUUCAAAUUUUGUUGAAGUCACAAAACAUCUGCCCAGCAUUAUGAUUCAUCUCAGUGGAAACAGUGGAGCCAGACAAGUCACCACGUGUCUCAUGUACAAAUGUCUUUGAUGGAAUCGGGUUGCUUUGAGUCUCCUACAGAGCAGCAGAUCUGUAGCUGACAUUUAUCUUGGGUGGUUGAUGGUUUUGAGUCUACAUGCAAACUGCAGCUGUGACCACCACCAUGAGGUGCUCUACAAUUACCUUUAAACAUUUGCCCAGACUGGCAAAGGCAAGGUUGUAGUGUGACAUCAGCUCCAGACCCAACCAUAUAUCCUGACAAACCAUCUAGCCUACCCAACCCAGCCCCCUCUUGUUGUUUUUUUUCCCCUCCCCCCCCUUUUUUUUUUUUAGUUUUACAUAUAAUGUUAUGGACAUUUGGAGGGGAAAUUAUUUACAGUGUAAAGACGGAUUGAUGACCACUGACAAAAUGUGAAUGCUUUGAUUUAUAAAAGCAAAUGGCUCAGUGGACGUACUGAAGAAUAAAUGUAAAAUAAACAUUCAGGAAAGAUCAAAAUGUUUGCACAGUCUUUGUUUUCUUUCUUUUAUUGAACAGAUAUGUGGCUGAUGCUGUAUUUUGUACAGUUUCAAAAGAGUACUGUCUAUUUGACUUCUUUUUUUUUUUUUUUUUUUUUUUUUUUUUUUUUUUUUUGACCUCCCAGCAGGGAGUGCAGACUUGCUGCAAAAAGAUUUUAGGGUUGUCAGUUUUGUUACACUGGUUUUUAGUCUGCACGUGUUCAUGUCCAAUUUUUAUUCAGUAAUAAAUGAGCUAUGCCACUGA